UACAUUUCUGGCAUACUGCUAGUGUCUUCCACAGUGUAGACUGACACAAAAUACUUAAUAAUUUUGUCCAGCAUUUCUUUCUUCCCCUUUACUAACUCUCCAGCGUCAUUUUCCAGCAGUCCGAUACCAUCUCUCUUUAAAUCAUUAUAUAUCUGAAAAAACCUACCAGAUAUUUGAUAUUGUUGUCUUUCUUACCUUCAUAUUUCAUCUUUUCUCUCCUUAUGGCUUUUUAGUCGCCCUCUGUUAGCUCUUAAAAGCUUCUCAAUCCUCAACCAUCCCACUAUUUUUUGCUAUAUUAUAUGCUCUCUCUUUUGUUUUUAUGUUGUCUUUGACUUCCCUUGUUAGUUAUAGUUGUGUCAUCCUCCGUUUAGAAUAUUUCUUAAUCUUUGGGAUGUAUCGUUCUUGCAGUUUCUGAAUUGCCCCCAGAAACUUCAACCAUUGCUCUUCUGCUGUCAUCCCUGCUAGUGUCCCUUUCCAAUCAACUUUGGCCAACUCCUAUCUCAUGCCUCUUUAAUUCCCUUUACUCCACUGAAAUACUGAUACAUUUGACUUUAACUUCUCUUUCUCAAACUGCGGGGUGAAUUCUAUCAUAUUCUGAUCAUUGCCUCCUAAGGAGACCUUUAACUUAAGCUCUCUGAUUAAAUCUGGGUCAUUACGUAACAUCCAGUCCAGAACUGCCAUUACUCCACUGGGCUUAACUACAAGUUGCUCUAAAAGGUACCUCAUAGACAUUCUACAAAUUCCCUCACUUAGGAUCCAGCGCCAAUCAGAUUUUCAGAUUCAGAUUCAGAUGUAUUUGCUUCUCACGUGUACAUGAGAACAUCAUCAAAAUGUAUAGCUUACGUUAACAACCAAUAUACCCAAGGACGUACUGGGAGCAGCCCGCAAGCAUUGCCACACAUUCUGCCAUCAAUGUGGCAUGCCCAACAAUUCUCCCCAGAACAAGAGAAUCUCAGGGUUGUAUAUGGUGUCAUAUAUAUGUAUUUUAAUAAUAAACUUACUUUGAAUUUUGAACAAGAAAACAGAACACAACAAGCAACAAAACAACAACAGCAAAACAAGCCCCUUUCCUCCCUCCAUACACAAUGGACAGUCCUCCAUCUCCAGGACUGAACUCGAGUCUCUGGUCUCCACCCUCCAAUCUGCAGACUUUGACCAUCAGACUUCAACUUCGGUCUUUGGUAUCAACUCCCAUGGAAGGAUGUGGUCAGUGCAGCAUUGACCAUAUCCCUCCCUUCUUGUGUCUUAAUGUGCCUGUCUGUUAAAUGCUCCAAUGAUAUAUGCUUCUUCCAGCAUUUCUGCCAGUGCACUCCUGUCCCAUCACUCACUGUUGCGAAGGCCUUUGGAUGCAGAAAAAUACAGAAUAUGCAUGCAUGUUUUUUGCUUAAAAUAAAAUAUCUUUGCUGCUACAGCGACCUUUAGACACCUGAAGGAAGGGAAGAUAGGUGAUGACUCUAAAACCUGGAUUUAAUUCCGAAGUGGAGCUGUGUAGCUAAGAGGCUGAGAGUAGGAUAGUAGCAUGGCAAUUUACCGUACCAGCUGUAAGGUCGGGGUUCGAUUCCCAUUGCUACCUAUAAGGAGUUUAUACAUGCUCCACAUGACAGUGUGGGUCUCCUUGGGGUGCUCUCAUUUCUUCCAAUUUCCAGAGAAGUAUAGUUUAAGUUUCGUGAGUUGUGGGCACGCUAUGUUGGAGCAUGAAGAAUGGCGACACUUGCGCGUUGUCCAGCACCGUCUUGCCAAUUUGAUUUGACACUAAAUGGCACACAUUGCUGGAUGUUCUGAUGAACACGUGAUAAAUAAAGCUAAGCUCUUUAAAAAUAUUUGGGAGUCUGAGGAAGAGGGGAAGCAGUCUGGCACUCAGCAGCAGGAAACUCGAGAGAUGUUUAACGUCCACCUAAAUACAAUAGUUAGUGCUGGCCGAGCAAAGUAAUAGAUCGACGUACCACAGCAGCAGCAGACAACGCAAGGGAGCCUGAGGAAAGACCUCGUAGUAGGUGGAGGAUAGAGUAGAUCCAGUGUUUCCUUGUGAGGUCUGGAUAUUCGUGCCUGAUGUCCAAGAAAACAAAAUGAGAUUACACUUAAGUGCUUGUGUUCCUUGACAUUGAAUGUGUUCCGGCAACUUCUAGCCAACUUUUAGUUAGAAUAGUGGGGGAGUCACAAUAAUUCUAAUGCAUUUGUGAGACAGCUGCCUCCUUCUAUCAAGAAGAUGUCAGCAAGAGGGCAUUAAGAAUGCAGCGGUAAUCAGGUUGCUAAUUUCACAACCUGCCAUCCUGUACCCACGAGUUCAGUAGUGUUAAAAUUGGCCCUGAAGAAGAAUUUCAUUGCUUGCAUUUCCAGCACUUGGAAUUUCAGACCUCACAUGAAGGUAGCUAAUUGAACUUGCAUCUCUUACAUCUACAAGGAUAGAAGUGAACAUACCGACAGUGACUAACAAUGUUAUCGCCUUUUCUGGGCAGCACUUAAAAUGAAUGGUGCUGAAGAGGCUGCAGAUGAUGUAAUCCCGACCAAAGGACAAGAUGCUGGAAGAACACAGCAGGAUGUCUUCCAAGAGACCGGCCUCUCCGUAUGGAGAAACAGAUGGAGAGGUAACCAAUGCGACGAACAGACAGAAGGUAGAAGAGGGUGAAAGUGAUGGGCACUCUGCUUUUCACCUGACUCUUCCCCCAAACUUCCCAAACAAUCUACACACAGAGGAAGAACAUACCGCGUCCACAAUGACCAGAGAGGCUUCGUGUUGUGAGAGUCCGACAUCUCUGCAAGACACACCGGAUCACGAUGAGAAUAAAGCAGCCUCUCUGUUCCCUACACACAACUCAUCUACCUCACCUCUGAAGACUGAAGAAGGGGCUCGACUGAGCAGUGAGUCAGGACCCGGGACGGCACUGGGUACCCCAGAGAGGCGCAAGGGCAGCCUGGCUGAUGUGGUGGACACACUAAAGCAGAAGAAAAUGGAGGAGCUGAUCAAAAGUGAACCUGAAGAAACUCCUAGUAUCGAGAAGCUGCUAUCAAAAGACUGGAAGGACAAGCUUCUUGCCAUGGGAUCAGGAAACAUCGGGGAGAUUAAAGGGACGCCUGAGAGCUUGGCGGAGAAAGAACGGCAACUCAUGGCGAUGAUCAACCAGUUGACAAGUCUGCGUGAGCAGUUGCUGGCGGCCCAUGAUGAACAGAAAAAGCUGGCAGCCUCGCAGAUCGAGAAGCAACGACAGCAAAUGGAACUCGCAAAGCAGCAACAGGAACAAAUCGCAAGGCAACAGCAGCAGUUGUUACAGCAGCAACACAAGAUCAACCUCCUUCAGCAGCAGAUCCAGCAGGUUCAAGGUCAGUUGCCUCCGUUGAUGAUCCCAGUGUUUCCACCGGAUCAGCGAACCUUGGCAGCUGCGGCAGCUCAGCAAGGAUUCCUCCUGCCUCCUGGAUUCUCGUACAAACCUGGAGGAUGCAAUGAGCCGUACCCACUUCAGCUUAUCCCCACGACGAUGGCAGCGGCUACGCCCGGUCUUGGCCAGCUCCAGUUGCAGCAGUUGUAUGCAGCCCAACUUGCAGCCAUGCAAGUGUCUCCUGGAGCCAAGUUACACAGUAUGUCGCAGUCCAGUCUAAGCAACACACUAUCACCCAACAACAUCCAGGGAGAGAAAGGCAGGAACAGCCCCCCACCCAAAAGCAAGGAUGAGGCGACACAGCCGCUGAACCUCUCAGCCAAGCCGAAAACUUUUGAUCCCACAAAGUCACCGGCGUCACCGAGCUCCCCACCGAUCCCCACUCUGAAAGCCAGCACAGGUCCUGGCCACCUCAAGCCCGCCAUCUCCACCACGUUAAGCGGCACUCCUGGCCGAAUGACUUCAAUAGACAUCCUCUCCUCCAUCACGUCCUCGGGUUACUUGAAUGACCAUGACGCCAUGGCGAAAGCAAUCCAAGAAGCCCGACAAAUGAAGGAACAGCUUCGCAGAGAGCAGCAGGCACUCGACGGGAAGGUUGCAGUCAUUAACACCCUUGGCCUAAAUAACUGCAGAAUGGAAAAGGUGCAUGAGAAAACUUCAAUGGAAAAUUUGGCUCAACAUUUGUCCGAGAAACGACCAGAAGACGGGAAAUUUGGACACGCAAUGGUGGAUUUUAAUAUGGGUGGAGAAUCGGAUGGAAAUGCGGGAGUAUCAGAGCCCAGGAUUUAUCGGGAAGCCCGAGGCCGGAGCAGUAACGAACCACACAUAAAGCGGCCGAUGAACGCCUUCAUGGUCUGGGCCAAGGACGAGAGACGGAAGAUUCUACAGGCUUUUCCCGACAUGCACAACUCCAACAUCAGCAAAAUUCUAGGUUCCCGCUGGAAGGCCAUGACAAACCUGGAGAAGCAGCCGUACUACGAAGAGCAGGCAAGGCUUAGCAAGCAGCACCUGGAGAGGUAUCCUGACUACAAGUACAAGCCACGACCAAAGCGUACUUGUGUGGUAGAUGGCAAGAAGCUGAGGAUUGGAGAAUAUAAAGCUUUGAUGCGUAACAGGCGUCAAGAAAUGCGGCAGUUCUUCACUGUUGGGCAGCAAGGCCAGAUCCCCAUUACCACAGCCGGAGUGGUGUACCCUGGUGCCAUUGCCAUGGCAGGAAUUCCAUCGCCUCGAAUCCCCUCCGAGCACUCCAGCAUGUCCAGCAGUCCAGAACCCAGCAUGCCUGUCAUCCAGAGCACUUACAGCCUCAAAUCGGAGGAGGGCCGAGCGAGGGAGGACCUGAGGGUCGGCGACAUGAACGGAGGCGUGUUUGACGAGUACGAGGAUGAGGACGAGGAUGAUCCUGAUGCAGAUUAUGGCAGCGAUGAGGAAAAUCAUGUGGUGGCUCAUGCUGACUGAGGGGAAUGACUAGGAGUCUCCACCAACUAGUUAACGUCAGCCAGACUGAUUCAUCCUACCAGGGGCCAAGCACAUUUUGACUAUCCGAUACACUGACUGUUAUUUAAAACUAUUUAGUCUUAAUAAACAAGAUAUAGUCAGAACUCUACUGACUACUAGACCUCUCGGCCUAUGGUACAGGCAUGGGAAAAAUGAUAAGCUAUGGGUAAAACGAUGCCAGUAAAAUCAGCUGCUAUUCCCAAGCACUGAAGUCUUACCCUCCUGAGCUUUGUCUAGACUUGCGACUGUCGUUCUAGAAGAUUCUAUAAAAUUCUCACUCAGGUACAAAGUGCCAACAAGUGGCUUGUGAAUGUGUUUUGUUUAUUUUGUGCCACAAUAAAAGGUGUUUCUUCUUUUGUUUUGUUCUUGUUUUUGGAUGGACUAAGGAAAAAAUGUUUUUUUGUUGCUUUCAAGUUACCUUUGUUUCAAAGGAAUCUAUUUUCUUGAAUAUUAAGAUACUGUUGCACCCUCAUCGAGUACUUGUGUUUUUUUUGUUGUUGCACACCAUUUCAAAAUGCAACUCCGAGUAAGUGCCAAAAUUUGUAAUUGUUGGAAUUAGUUCAUGCGUUUUCCUACAGUCUUAAGCUAGGGAUAUUGUUGGGUCUUAGACAAUCCCAGACACCUUUCCAUACCAGCAGCUGUGGGAAACUAUAGGGGCAGUUCUCAGGUGAAAGGGGAGAAAACUGAAGAUAUGAGAAACUUUUUAUUAUGUGAAUUUUGUGUGGGUGUGCGUAGGUGUGUGUGUGUGUGUGUGUGUGUGUGUGUGUGUGUGUGUGUAUGUGUGCCUUGUGUGUGAUUUGUGUGUAUGCAUGUAUGUGAGUGAGAGCGAGAGAGAUACGUAAAGAGAGGGUACUAUGGUACUUUAUAGGGUGUCAGAGGUAGUGACAGCAAAGUAGCGUGGGGGUUGAAAAACUCCCUGUACUCAAUACUCGUUCCCACUCCCUUUGCCAUGAAGCCUGCCAUUUCCCCCCCGUUUCCCAGCAGCCUCACCGAGGCAGUCACUUUCUCCCACCUUCUCACCUUAUUUUUUAAAAGAUCCAAAUUUGUAGCACUUAAUGGAAACAAGAAUUCCACACCCACAUACGCUUAAGGGGGAGCGUGACUAAACAAACAAACCCAGGGCAAAGCCUGCCUCUAACAGAGUUUCCCUCAUUCGAGGGCGGAGUUGGCUCUAAGAUGGCUUCUGCUUGGUUUUGUGAGAUGGCUACAGUACCUCCAAUGGACUUUGGGAGUCUGAACUUACGACCCUACCCACCGCAAAAUACAAUUUCGGAUACGUGAAAGUAAAAUGGCUUUGUUGUUAUAGGUGGAUUAGCUGAUCAUAUACUGCAUGUCAGUGUUUAAUUUGUAUUUUUUGACUGUAUUUUUCAAUUUUAACUGCCUCUUAAUAGUGUACAAUGAUGGUCAGCUAGUCCCCAGUUAGUAAGUUAUGUAUAAUUUAUUUCCUCCAUUCUGACUAAUUGAUUCUCAAUGCAGCAUUCUGUAGCUGUAGAUAUUUAAGCCUGGUAUUUUAGCUAUAAACAGUUUUUUCUUUUUAUGUUCUUUAAGUCCUAGUGAUGUCAUGUUAUGAUGUUUAAUCGGCAGGCGUGAAAAUAAUUCGACUGUUUGUUGGGACAGAAAUGAGACCAUUCUCUCAUAAUCUCAUUUCUAUUUAAUUGUCAUGGUCAUUUAGAGCUGAUUCGCUGAAGCACUCUGUAACUGAAAAAGAAAAAAUGCAGAAAAAAACAAGUGUUUUAUAUCACUUUAUGUAAAAUGUGAAACCAGUUUUUUUGUUUUUUUUUCCUUGACUGUGUGAACAAAUUUCUGACUGUUGUGAGGCAUUUAGCCUCACAUUGGCUGGCCUUUUUCACCAUUUUUUUUGGCUCCCUGUUUAUUUAUGUGACUCUGGACUACAAGAGUACUUUGUUUUAGCUCCAAUAAGGUUCCACCAUGACUUCAUGGCUGUGAACUAUUUGUGAUUUAUAUGCCAACAACGGAAACUGUGUCGGAGAUUUUUCUUUUAUUUUUGCUCCUGAUUUUAUUCCUUUUUUUGCGCAGAGUUCUCAUUUCACUGACAUUUUUGCAUUCUGCAAUUCCAAAUCUCAGACUACUCAAUUCUUAUGAUGCUGUACUGUUUUUUUUAAGAAAAUGUAUUUAUUGGCCAUCACGGCUCUAAAAUGUAUUUGACACAGAUUGUGUUCAGGAAGACAAUCAAAUCGAGUGGAGCUUAAAACAAAGUAAACUGAAUCUACCAUCUCACUUGAAAUUUAAAGAAAGAUAUGUAAAUAUAACAUAGAAUUAUAGAUUUAUAUUUUGUUCAUAACACAUAGUGUAAUAUAAGUUGUAUAUUUUCAUGUUUUUUUGUUUAUGUUAUCAUUCAUGCCAUAAUAAAAGCAAGAGUACUUGUACUCUGA